AUGUUACGUUGGACGACAUUCUUUCUACUGUUAUCAUUCACAGUCAUGGUUUUUUCAAAACCUAAUUUUUUCAACAAAAGAACUGAGACAACCACAAAAGCAGUUGAAACUGUAAAGCAGAACAAAUCAAGCGAAGAAGUUUUAACUUCUAUGCGCCCAGACUUCAGUAAUGAAUCGGCAAUGACUUGCGCAGACAAAUGUACCGAUUUCUACAUAGCGAUGAUCAAGAACCAUCCAGAGUUUGAAGUUGAACGUCUUAGAGACGAAAGCUUAGCAUGCAUUCGUCGUUGUCGUAUUGACGAAUGA